AUGGCGGAAAGAACGACCAACGAGGCCGAUGAAAGUAAUAAGGUUGAAAUAGCCCAAGGGGGCAUACAUUCGAUGAAGGUCGAAAAGAUGACGGCCACGAAGGCCGAAGAAAAAGAGGAAAACCAAAAAGUGUUAACCGAAACAACUGAGAAAAAGUCUCUCAGAGUAAGAAUCGAUGAUGAACAAAGUAGGGACUCUGAAAGAAUCGAAGAAAGACUCAAUUGUGUCUUUAACGAUGCACCUCUAGGAUUCAAGAGAAUGGAAAAUGAGGGGUCCACCCCUAAGGAUGCAUAUCCCAUGCCUAUUGCGGAAAUAAUGAUCGAUGCCGUCACAGGUGCCCAGGUUUAUAUUGAUGACAUAGUGAUCAGAUCGAAACGAAAAGUGGAUCACAUACAACAGCUGAAAUUAUCUUUCGAGAAAAUGAGGAAACAUGUGUUGAAAAUGAAUCCAUUGAAAUGUGCUUUCGGUGUUUCAGCGGGGGAAUUUCCUAGGGUUCGUCGUACACUAGAAAGGCAUUGA